AGUUGCACCGUUGCUGCUGGUGGUGGUGAAGGUGUGACUAGUUUGUUUAUAUUCGCGUUAGUUUACAAGUUGGACGGAAUAUUUAACGAAUGCCUCAAACCGUUCAACUGUUACACGUCAUGAGCAAGAUGGCGCAGGCUGCCGAACAAUUGCCGAGCUGGGUGAAUGAACUUGAAACCAGUUUGAUGGAGAUGUGUGACUUUGGAACGGUGAGAAAUAUAUGCCGAGGACGCCCUGUACCUGCACACUUGAGACCUGAAGUAUGGCAGAUUUGUCUGAAUAUUCAAGGCCGAGGAGAUGCAAUGGCUACAUUUGAUGGUUUAUAUGACAUGGACGAACAGACACAGUUGAGAGAAGACUGCACAGCUCUUGUUGAUAAACUGGGCAACGAAGAAGACGACCGUGUCUCCAUUGUCAGCGACUUGGAAUCUAUUUUCACAUUUUACAGCAAAUCUAAGAAUGAAUCUUAUAUCCCUGAUAAUGGCUGGUUGGAAGUGAUUCAACCUUUAUUAGCCAUGAAAUACAACAGGAUAGAACUUUACAACAGUUUCUACACUGUUGUUAACAGAUACUUGCCAAAAGACUGCCGAAAGAAUGGUAAACCAUUUCAUUUAUUCCGGUUACUACUACAGUACCAUGAUCCCGAGUUAUGUUCAUUUCUUGACACAAAACGUAUAACACCGGAUGCCUAUGCACAACAAUGGUUUCGGAGUCUGUUUGCUGGGAUAUGUGACCUUGAGGUCAUCCAAAACAUGUGGGACGUCUACUUUCAACAUGCUGACCCUUUUUUGCUAUUUUUUCUGGCUCUUGUGAUACUAGUGAACGGUCGAGAACAAAUUAUUACUGCAGAGAAUGAUAGCAAGCAGAGUAUUGUAGAAUUAAUGAGUACAUUCCCAGCGGCACUGGAAGCUGUUGAUAUUGAAGACUUUUGUACUUUGGCUCAGUAUUAUGCCUCACGCACACCACAGUCCUUCAGGAGGGAUUACCAAUCGCCGUUGUUUGGAACUUCUCUUGGAACCAAAGAGGAUGAGUCUAUUCAAGUGUCUCAAGCUUUGUGUCUUCCUGUCUCUGUACAUGAGCUGCUUCAACCACGGCAGGCAGGUGUGACUGAUGCUGUAGCAUAUUUCAUUGUUGACUGCCGGCCAGCUGAGCAAUACAAUAACGGACAUUUACCAACUGCCUUUCAUCUUGACGCCAAUUUGAUGCUACAGAAUCCUACAGAGUUCAACUCAGCAGUCGUUGCUCUAUUUUCUACCCAGAAGCAAGCAAUUGCAGCAGGUUCUGUAGCUGGUGGUGAACAUCUGUGCUUCAUGGGAAGUGGAAGAGAAGAAGAAGACCAAUAUGUCCACAUGGUUGUGGCAAAUUUUUUACAGAAGGGUCACCAAUAUAUUAGUGUUGCACGUGGAGGCUAUGCAAAUUUACAUGAAGCACUACGAGGGAAUUUAUCUCAAGGACUCACUGACCACAACCCUAAAAACUGUAUUGUCUGCAACCCCGACAUGGUGAGCAGUGCCAGUGACCUGGAGAACGGAGAUGAUUUUGCUUUACCUUCUCUUGGCCGGGUCAGCAAGGACUCUUUGCUCGGCAAAUUGUCAAAUGUUGUGAAAUGCAAGUCUGCUGAAAUGAAAGAGAAACUAUCAAAUUAUAUAAAGAAUGAGCAGGCGAUACCAGAGAGGCAUGUCAGCAGUACAGACAGAUUGGGCAAACGUUACAGGAAUAUGGCAUCAGUCUUUACGAUAGGAGAUGACGAAGAAGAAGAUAGCAGUGAUGAGGAUCAGAAGGAAGUGGUUAAUGUGGACACGUGGUUACACAAAGCUGACAUCAAUUAUUCGUGUUUGUGUAAGGAGGUGCAAGACAAUGGUUACAUGUACCCCAGCUAUAUCCUGGUAACUGAUACACACAUGUUUGUAUUGCGAGAAAUCCCACAACAGAAAGGAAUGGCAUAUAUCCAGGCCCGGAGGGCUCUGCAUAGUAUCCUGAAGAUCACGUCUAAGAAGAAAUGCCCAGAUUUCAUCUCGUUCCGUUAUGGCUUCAGUAAUGACUCUGGCUACCACGUCACCGAUAUGGAUCGAUUUAUUAUAUCAAAGGCAACAGAAGCAACAACGCACAUCAAAGAAGCUGUCCUCAAGGUUCUUGCUGUGCAAGAAGGAUGAGCCAAAAACACAGAGGCCAAAUUCCUUCACAUUCUUUAUUCAUGUAAACACACACACACAUACACACAUACAUGCACACAUACAUACACACACAUGUAUACAAACAUGACUAUAUAUAUAUAUAUGUGUGUGUGUGUGUGUAAUACAUAAUAUAUAAAUUUAAUAUAUGACAAAAAUAUAUGAUUUUAAUGACAGGUUGAUUCAGUUCCAUGUUACUUAACUUUUCUUAGGCGCAGAUAUGUUCCCGUGUCCUCAGAAUAUGUAGAUAGCAUACCUGCUGUGCCUAUGAAACUUCUAAUGUGGAGCUAAGUCAAACUGGCAUUAAAUACUUAAAAACCCAAAGUGAAUGUGUUGAGAGUUCUACUUUCUUUCAUUUGUUCACCUACUUUGUAUGUGUGUGUGUAAAAUUUUGUAUAUAUGGGUGUAUGUGUGUAUAUAUAUAUAUAUAUAUAUAUAUAUAUACAUA